AUGGCUACCUUGGACGUAGGAGAGCUGCCAACGGGGGAUAAUGUCGUUAUCAAGACCAGCUCCUAUUUCAACCGCACAGCUGAAGACAUUCUUCUUCCUUCUCCUGCCGAAGUCAGAAAACGUGCUUUAGAGAAAGGCUUUGUGUAUCCUGGAAAUCCUCCGCCAAUAAGGUUCUCAGAGCUCGGCCUCAUUGUCAAGUCUGGGACCAAUCUCACUAUUGCAGAAGCUCAGUGCUUGUGGGUGAUUCGGAAACACCUGAAAUGCGAGAUCCCAGUUCCAGAGCUUUACGGUUGGGUUCGCGACGGGGGAGAACUCUUCAUAUACAUGAAACUUAUUGAGGGGGAAACCUUGGAGGCAAGAUGGGAUACACUUUCUGUGCUUGAGCGUUUGGACGUCUCAAGUCAGUUGAAAACAAUGACCACGGCACUGCGAGGUCUUAGGCAAGGAGGAAAAGACGCUUUCAUAGGCAGUAUCAACCGUGGUCCGUUACUGGAUAUCCUUUUCGAAGGAAGACCAGGGUUUGGCCCUUUCAAAACCACCAAGGAAUUUCAUGACCGCUUUGCAGCUGAGGUCAGUAAGUAUCAUCCCGAUAUUCAGAACUUCGUGGACCCAAUGCGGGGUCAACUUCCGGACGAAGCCCCGAUUACUUUCACUCACGCCGACCUUCAUCCCAGCAAUAUCAUGUUGACAGCCACUGAUGUUAAGCCGGUUCGAGUUCUUGCUAUUUUAGAUUGGCAUCAAUCGGGGUGGUACCCCGAUUACUGGGAGUUCUGUAACAUGUUGUAUUGUGUGGAUAUGGAUGGAGAUUGGGCGAAGGAUUAUGUCCCAAUGAUCUUGGAGAAGCCUGAUUGUUUUGAUGGGUGGUGGUACUAUAUGAAUGGCCUAGGAUUCUGA